UUUCUCCGGUGAAGUCUGUAUGGAGCGAAGGCGCGUCUUCCGCCUAGUGGAGCGGCGGGUCUCGUAGCGGUCAGCGGUUAGCGCUCUGCACCGCGAAACCUCAGCUGACGCCGAGCCCGAUUUUCACGCUCACAGCCGCCAACACCGGCGUCGACUAUCUGAACCGGUCGUGGGCCUCCCCCUUAGGUCGACUCAGCCUCAAAUUAGUAACCUUGCGUGGUGUGUAGUCAGCAUCGUCACUCGGCAAAAAGGCGACCGGGCGCGCUGCUGACCACCCACCCCGCUCGUGUUCCCUGCCGGGCUUCGUAGGUGCUGCUACCCGCUAAUAACACUUGUCCCCAACAGUCUGCUAAGGCUACAGGGGUGGGACGAUCUUUGUAUUUGUGUCUUCUACCAGUGUACGGCUCGCGAUCAACAGAAGUCUCGACGAAGUGAGCACGGGAGUCAUGGCUCGCGUGUGGAUUCUCCUCUGUCUCUGUUGUGGGGUGUCAAAGUGGUGGGCGGCGCAAGGAUCCCCCUCUGCCAUCAGACGACGCAGGGGCUGGGGGACCCCUCCCAUCACAGUCACCGAGGGCGAUGGGCAAGGGGUGCCCAGAUACCUGAGAUUCGUGAUCUCGGACAUCUCAAAGCUCAUGGACGUGACGUACGUGAUGACGGGGGAGGGGGUCGACCGUCCCCCGAUCGGGGUCUUCUCCAUGGACCCCAAAUCCGGACGCAUUUACCAGCAGAAGGUGGUGGACCGUGAGGAGAUCCCCACUUACACCCUGGAGGUGCAGGCCUACGAUGAGCAGGGGAACGCGCUGGAGAACCCGUUCGACCUCGUCAUCCACGUGAAGGACAUCAACGACAACGUUCCGCAAUUCUCGCGUGCCACCUACCCGGCCAGCGUCACCGAGGGCGCCGCCAAAGGUACGUUCGUCGUGCAGGUGAUGGCAUCGGACCGGGACGAGCCCGGAACACCGGCCAGUGCCCUCGCCUUCCGCCUCGUAUCCCAGCAGCCGCAGGGGACCGACUUCAGGGUCAACCCCGCGGACGGUGUCAUCCGCACCAAUUCUCAGCUCGACCGCGAGACGGUGGAGUACUACGCGCUGGUCAUGGAGGUGGCCGACAAAAACGGAGAUGGAAGCGGAUGGUCCAGCACGGCCACCGUCUCCAUCACUGUGGCUGACAUCAACGACAAUGCCCCCAGGAUCGUGACCAAGGAGCUGUCCGGGGAGGUGGACGAGAACACGAAGGAGGUGGUGGUGGGGCGCGUGCGCGUGUUGGACGCCGACAAGGUGAACACGAGCGCGUGGCGAGGGCGCUACACCAUCGUGCGGGGCAAUGAGGGCGGCCAGUUCCGCGUGCACACCGACCCCGUCACCAACGAUGGGGUCAUCACGCUCAUCAAGCCACUGGACUUUGAGAAGAUGAGUUCAUUCAAGCUGGCCGUGCUCGCCGAGAACGAGGUGCCGUUCAUGGGGCCCCCGCCAGACUCGGCCACGAUCGCCUCCUCCAUGGCCAAGUUCACGCUGCGCGUGCGCGACGUGGACGAGCGGCCCGUGUUCACGCAGCGCCACGUGGACGCCAGGAUGCUGGAGGGCGUCAGCUCGGGGGGCACGAUUGCCACGAUGCACGCCGUGGCCUUCGCACGACCUGGUGGUCCAGCGCAGAGCGACAUCAGGUAUGGUGUGCUCUCUGACCCGGCAGGGUGGCUCAUUGUCGACCCAAAGACUGGCGCGAUCACCACAAAGCGUCCACCCGAUCGCGAAUCGCCCUUUGUGGUCAACAACACCUACACGGCCACCUUCAUAGCAGUCGACCCAGAUACCCCUGGAGGAACGAGCACAAGCACCCUGACCAUUCAACUGGACGACGCAAAUGACAACCCUCCUGCAUUGGUACAGCCCGCCGUGGCCCUGUGUGACACGGGGCCCAACUAUAUCAAGGUCACGGCCAACGACUCGGACUCGGACGCCAACGGAGCACCAUUCACUUUCGAGAUCCCAGCGGAGGCUCAGGAGGCCUGGGCCAUCACCGAGACCGAUGGCGUGUCGGCGAUUGUGAAGUACCGCGGAGGUCCCCGAAUUCCACGUGGCCUGCACUCCGUGCCCGUGCACGUGUCGGACCGGGCCGGCCUCGGGGCCACGCGGACCCUCAAUGUCUCCGCGUGCCAAUGCGGCACCAGCGGUCAUCCCGAACCGGACUGCGCCGUUGCGGCCGGAGAGGCCGGGAAGGCCCUGGGCAGCCACCUCUCGGACGGAGCCAUCGCUGGGAUCCUGGCCGGGCUGUUGGGGCUGCUCUUGGCCGCAAUCCUGUUGCUCUGCUGCUGCUGUAAGCGUGGGAAGAGCGCCAAGUCGGUUCUCUACUCGCUGGUGGACGCCCCCCACAGCUCGCUGUCCACCUGGACCAAGGGCGAAGAGGUGGACAAGGUUCCGAUCGCAGGGGCAGUGGCGGCGACGUCGCUAAAUGCGCCCAACGGGACCAAGGUUGCAAUGGCUGCAGGGUCCAGAGCCAUCGUCCAGGAGUCGUGCUUUGUUUCCGAUACCAAAACGUUAACCGCGGCAAAUGGAGCUCGCACGGCACACGGAUCAUCUGCGGCAGCGGCGGCGGCUGUGGCAAAUGGAGGCACAGCCGUGAGAACGGAGCAGGGCACCGUGGCCAAGGUUGGGCUGGGAAGCGCCGCUCACCUCACCGCCGCCGCCUCCACGACCGACGAUGGAGCUCAGAGAUUGGGGGGCUGGGCCGGCGCGUCCGGCGGCACAGGGGCCGCUGUGGGAGGCGUGACGGCCCUGCUGGGGGGCGACGGUGCGGCCCUGGAAUCGUGGCCGAUAACCACACUCGGCUCCUCAGGGUUCCGCGCGGGAGUGGCGACUCUGAGCCAAGAGAGCAGAGGGUGGGCGGACAACAAGCACUCCGAGUUUGCGUCUAUGGGCCUCGCCUCGGAGGGGAUCCUCGCCUCCGCUGUGGAUCGUCAGGUUGGCGCGUUCGCUGGCGCCUCGAGGGACAGCCAGAUCUACAGCUUCAUGGCCGAGAGCCUGCGGAUUAUGGACUCGGACUCCAGUAACGCCGCCGCGGACUCGCUGCUCAUCUACAGCAGGGAGGGCCAGGGAGGGUCCCUGCUGUCCCUCUCCUGCAGCGACAUUCUGCCCCGACAAGAGCCCCUGUGACCCGAGCCACGAGGGCUUCAAGAUGGUCGCAGUUGAAAGUCACGUCUGGCUCUUGUUCGGGUUCGCCGUCCGCAACUUUUUUUUUAUAUAUAUUAAAAAAAAGCUUUUAUUAUCAUUCAAGAAAGCCAGAAUACAAAGUAGAUUUUAAUAAAAGGGGGAAGGGGAAAAAAACGCCAGCAGGCAACGCGAAAUAAACUCUGCGCAA